AUGGGCAAUCAACAAGCAGCAGGUCGAACUCGAAGUGAUACCUACACACGGUAUGAACGUGACGGUGAAGAUGGUCGUUAUGUGACACUUGAUCAUAACGAUUACACGGGCAGUGGAAAUCUGUCUUCCUACGAUGAACGAGCUGGAUUGCGACACGAUGCAAGUCUACCAAUACGUAUCCGAAAUCAGCGACCUAUGCAACAACAUCAUACGCAACACGCAGCGCAAGCAGAAAUGCAGAAUGAAAAGAAAACUAUUCCCGUUGUUUUUCGAUAUCCAGCAUUAGCAAAAGAUAAAGAAGCUCUGUUGACUGGUUCGUUUAAUAACUGGAAGGAGAAAGUACCGAUGGUAAAAAGUGACAAUGAUUUCGUUGUUAUUUUGGAAUUACCUGAAGGUGAACAUGAAUACAAAUUUCUUAUCGAUGGUCGAUGGGAGUACAACUUGAAUGAGGCAUCGAAAGACGAUGGUCUGAAUGGUCGAAACAAUGUCGUUACAGUAAAAAAGAGCGAUUUCGAAGUCAUGGAAGCAUUAAUAUCGGAUUCAAUUCCAGCGAAUAGUCAAAACCAAAGUCUGAACAAACAGCAAUCAAGCGAUUCAGAUAUAGCACGCUCACCACCUGGCUCCUACGAGCAGAGCUGGCCACCAGCAAACCAGAAAGAUUUUCCACAAUCAGAUAAACCGCCGAUUUUACCACCACAUCUUCUCAACAUUAUCCUUAACAAGGACACCGCCGCUCACUAUGAACCAGCUCUAUUACCUGAACCGAACCAUGUUAUGUUGAAACAUCUCUACGCUUUAUCUAUUCGUGAUGGUGUUAUGGUAUUAAGUACAACAACGCGUUAUAAACAAAAAUUUGUCACAACAUGUUUUUAUAAGCCUACUGCAAAAUGA